UGACAGGUGAGUUUAAAUGAUCAAUAAAUAAAUACUUUCAAUGAAAUGGGGCAGUGGCUGUAAAACUUUAACUAGGCCAAUUAACUGGUCGACAUUUGAAGAAUAUCCAUUAAAUGUACCCUGACAAAGAACAAACUAAGCAAAUAAUAAUAAUAAUAAUAAUAUUUAAUCAGAUUGAAUCGUUUUAAUGAUGAUGAAUAAUAAUGUAAUCAUUAAUACAUUUAUUUUUUCACAGCAUAAAAUUAAUUUUCACAAAUAACUAGGGCUUUGUGAAAAGUAACAAGAACAUAUUUUAGGUUUAGUAAUUAGUUAUUUACAGUGGCUUUGCUUUGGUAACACCAAAACACUUUCUAAGUAUUGACGUAAAAGUGAAACAGCAUCUUUGACUGCUUUAGGUGUUCAAUUUCUUAAAGGCUGGUGACCUGUAUCCUCCCACUUUAAGAUGUAUGUUUAGCUAGUACAUAAAAAGAAAGAAAGAAAGAAAAACAAGCUGCGUCCAGAGUAAAGUGAUCCGGCACGAUCAGAUUUGAUCCUCUUCCGUUACCCCUGGAGCAUGAGGUGCAAUUUGAGAAUCUGCAUGUCUCGGCAUUGCUCCUCAAUACACACCUGCUCUUAAUUAUUAAUGUUGCAAACUUCCUCUUUAAUUCGCCUGCGUAAGCUUCGCCCCCCCCCCCCUCCAAAAUCUGAUAUUCCAAUUUUGUGUGCUGCACUUUUGAUGAACAAAGCAUAUCUUUGGACACAUUUCUGUACUAACAAAAAAAAAAAAUGUAGUAAUAACAACAGUAUACUAAAGACGUGUUUAUGUGUUCCAGAUCAAAGGAUCAAACUGCCAAAAUGCCCAAAUGCUGCCCCUCGGCUACCUCUUCCAUCUUACCUGCACAGGUCCAGACCCCGAAGGCCUCCCCCAGACUUUGGGCCUCCAGAAAGCCCGGUGUAUCACUGGGAGGAAGCAGUAGUUCCCAGGGCUAGCGGCUACCAUGCCAGACACGCAGAAUCAAGCCCAGUGCGCCCACGAAUCGUGACCGUGGUGCGGCCGUGCGGACAGGAGAGCAUGCGGAAGAUCUCACUGCUGUUAAACCGCCGCGCAGUUCAGACAUUCGAGCAACUGAUGGCAGAUGUGUCCGAGGCGCUUGGCUUCCCCUGCUGGAACAACGCUCGAAUACGACGACUCUUUAGCCCUGCUGGGCGAGAAAUCCACAGCCUAGCUGACUUCUUCCGCUUCGACCAUGCCUUCUUGGCCUUUGGGAACAGCCGACCGACUCUUGACGAGGUACAUGCAGCACUAGAUGAGUUGUAUCCAGAAAACCCCAGCCAUUGCGAACACCUGCUGAGAGUAUGGGAGCGUAUCCUGAGACCCAAGGCCACAAAGGCGGAUAGUGGUUUCCAUGAUGAUGACGCCGGAGCCAUGAUUUCCAUACCUACGGUACAUGAUCAACAGGUAAACCAACCGGUUGUCAACAACUUGCAGCCUGUUGGAAGGCAAAAAGAUAAGGUGAGGAGAGAAAAGCAGAGAGAACUGUGGAGGAGGAGAGGAGACCUGCAGAAAGAAGAUGACAAGGAGAUAAAGAAGGAGGAAGGAAAGAGAGAAGCUAUUUACUGCCGAAGCUAUCGAGGAUGUGGCCCACCUAUACCUCCAAUCAGAAGCAGUCAAUGUUCUCAACCAGACAGGCCAAGUAACCACAGUAAUAAAAGUACUUCAUCUCAGAAUAAUAUGGAAAAAACACAACAAAGAUCACUGAAAGCGGACAGGCAUGUUGCCAAUACAAAGUCAAGGCCAGCUGUUCCUCAAAACCGGGAUAAAGAUCUCAAUUUGGAGACAAUAACGGAGCAGGACAUUAUUAAGCAGGAAACAGUUGAACAGAAAGACUUACAGAGUCACAUACUGGCUGAUGGGGCCAAAGUGUCUCUGGAGGACAUUGAGCGCUGCUAUGAUAUGGGCCGUGUGGUAGGAGACGGGAACUUUGCGGUGGUCAGGGAGUGCCGUGUGAGAGGCCUGGCUGAAACGUUCGCUAUGAAGAUUGUGGACAACACAAAGCUGCAGGGACGCGGCCACAUGAUUCAGAAUGAGAUCGCUCUGCUGCGUAGUCUGGAACAUCCUCGCCUCAUACAGCUGUUUCGUUCUCAUCACACGGACACCCAUGUUUACCUGCUGAUGGAGCUGGUGACCGGUGGAGACCUGUUUGAUGCUAUCACUCAGAACGGCAGGUUUACUGAGCCAAGUGCUGCAUGCAUGAUCAGAGACAUCAGUCAGGCUCUGGAAUACAUCCACAGCAAGAGCAUCGCACACAGAGACAUCAAACCUGAAAACCUACUGGUACAGCGUGAUGGCAAUGGAUGCUUGAAUCUAAAGUUGGCUGAUUUUGGAUUAGCCAUGGUGGUAACGGAGCCAGUGUUCACAGUCUGUGGCACACCUACAUAUGUUGCUCCAGAGAUACUUGCUGAGACAGGUUACGGUGUUGGAGUAGACGUUUGGGCGAUGGGUGUCAUACUGUUUGUCCUGCUGAGCGGGUUUCCUCCAUUCCGCAGUCCAGAUCGUAAUCAAGAGGAACUAUUCCGUCUCAUCCAGAAAGGAGAAGUCCACUUUCUGUCCCCGUACUGGGAUAAUGCAUCUGAGGGGGCUAAAGCUCUAGUCAGAGGUUUGCUGGAGGUCAACCCGAAAAGGCGUUUGACAGCUAGUCAAACCCUGCAGCACGACUGGCUUCAGCACGCAACAGCACCAAAAGAGCAUAAGGGGGCGAUAAAAGCCACUGACUCCACAGCUGAGAGGCGCAACCAGCAGAAACUGAGCAGACAGGUGGAAAGUGGUGAAAAUAAGAGUGAUUCUAGCAAACCAGAAUCGUUGGCAGAGAAAUGUCAUGCAGCACAGAUUUACGAGAACAUACUAAAUAAUAAUAAUUAUGAACCAGAUAUUAACAUGUAUGAAAGAGACCAGCAAAUUCAAGAGAUUGAUAAUAUGACAAGCAAUCAACAAAAUGCAUGCCAUGCAGAAGACACCACCACCACAAACAAGCAAUAUACCACGGAUCAGCAUAAACCUGAGAAACCAGCACAGCAAGAAGAUAUUGACACAAAACAAGAGUGACCUGCUGAGAAACGAGCUAGUUAUGGACAGUGAAGACUGAAGAAGCCAGCAAAAACAAGUAAACUAGUAGAAACCAAUGAUGUAUGAAAAGACUAAGAGUCAGAACUAAACAAGCCAUGUGAAACAUAAGGAACACCUGAGAAAAAAUAUAACUAACAAACAAUAUACUCCGUAGUAAACAACAUCUUUCUCAUACUCUCAAACCUAUACUCUUAGCACUGAUUCUGACUGAGAAUUCACUUUUUAAAUCUGCACUGAUCUCCUCAUUUCUGCACUCAUUAUGGAGGAAAAUCUGCUGAAUUAGUGUAAAUAUGGUUAAAUGUUUUCAAAGGCGCUCACAGUGCACUCUUCUUUGCAGCUUAAGGUAUAAUUCAAUAUUUAAAAAACAAAUUCUGUAUAAAUUCUGUGUGUGCUUGCAGAUCACUAAUGAAAUGUGAUAUCAAAGUAACUAUUAUUAAGAGAUAUUAUUUACUGACUAGAGGCAGAAGGACAAUUGAUGUUGUAAUGUUGUUUUAGUAUGUAAAAGCCUCAGAUUAACCUAUCUUUAUCUGUGUUAUUUUAAAAGAAAGACAUUUCAAGAACUAAUUUAGUUUUUUAAUAUGUAUCGGUCAAGCUUGGCCUCUGCCAAUGUUUGUGGGAAUGUUAGUUGGUUAGACUAGCUAGUAAUAAUCUAAAAUUAUUUAGUAUUAUUUGCCUUUGCAUGUCUCAUGUCAUGCAUUUAUAUUGCACAUCUUUAAAUUUGUUCAGUCUUUUUAACCCCCCCCCCCCCCUUUUUUUUUUGGUUAAAAUUGUUUUGCAAAUCUUUUUGAAACAUUAUGAUUACUGUGUUAAUGUUAAAUGUUUUAAACUGUAGGUUCAGACAAUUAAAGUUUAUUAGCUGUUCGGUCAAAAGAUUCUAAACAUUGUUGAGUAAAAUAAUGUUUUUUUUUAUGAUAAAAAUGUUUAUUUUCUUACUUCUGUUCAUCUUUUAACACUUACAAUUUCUGAGAUAUCAAGUUGUUCAGAGUAAUUAUUAAUGAAUAAAGCCUUUGUCCUUGUCAGGUGACUUCAGUCUUUCAACCUUCAUGGUGGCGUGUCUCAAAACAAGCCCAAAGUUGUAAAAUUAGCUAUUUUAAGUGUACUACAGUUGUACUGUGCAAAUAAAAAAAAUAUUAAUCUCAGCUUCAUUACUAAUACCUUAUGUAUUACAAAGCUGUAUGGGUAUUAAAAGUCAAACUUUUUAGUAUCCGGUCCAGUGAUCAGGAAGAAGCAUACACACACACACACACACACACUCCCAUCCCCCCAGUGAAACACACAGCUCAUUCAGACUGGGCAGUUAAGACUGACAGCUGUCUUGACCAAACUAGUCCAUCAUAGAACUCGACAUUUGAUUGGCUGAGGCCGUUCCCCCCUCCCCCCGGGGCUAGUUCUAGUUUGGGGUCAAAGUAAAAUUAAUAAAGAAAUAAAAAUAAAUUAAAAUACCACACUUUACAUUUUUCAAACCUACAUACCAGAUCAAAUAAUUUAUUCGGGUCUUGCAUUCAAUAUUUUGUCAAGUACGAUCAUUCUGAACGAUGACCCACGAUGACGUUGCCAUUUUGUCGCAUAUGAGGGGUGUUAGGGAAUUUUGACCAAGGUAUGAAUAUGUUUUGUCAUCUAUUAGUCUUACUUUAAUAUAUAACCACCAUGGCAAUAAUACGAAUAACUAGCAUAGUAAAAUUGCAAA